AUGGUUGGGCAACCACCAACUACCCGCCUGAACCUGACCAAAGACCGCCUGUCAGUCCCUUGGGAGCACAUGGGCCGCCUUCACCCCCGAACGAUGAUCAGUCCAGCUUUUUCCGGACCGUACGCCGGGCUGGCUUGGGCCACAUCAUGGUCCGCCGCAGCGUGCCCGGGUCCAUGCCUCGUGUCCAGGGGUCAAUCUCCGGGGACUUCAAUGCCAUCAUCGCACAUUUUGCCCCUCGGCACUUUCGUGGAUCAAUGGGUCCUGGCCAGACACCCAUCGAACGAACCCACACUCACUGCUCGCUUGUCCCAGCAGCCUCGGCUCAAGACGACCGGGCUGCCCAAGCGCCCCCAGGUUGGGACUCGCGCCGGACCUCUUGCCCUGUCAGGCCAGCAAACCCACGCCGGCCUCGUCGUCAAACGCCCGGGGCUGGUGCCUGACCUGGGCGGCACUGGGCAGAGGCCAUUCGGUUGCCUUGCCUCGCCCUCGACUGCUCCGUUCCGUUCCCCAUGUCGCCAGUGCGGACCUGUCCUUCCCAGACACAGGAAGCCUCAGACGAGGGUCAUUGAUGCUUGGCGUCCCAUCUUCGUCGUGAUGAGAAUAGACACAGAAGCGCCGUCACGGUUCCUCGGUUCUUGCUUAGGUUUGUUCAUGGCGCUGACCUACGGGCUACGCAGGGCCACAUGCCGCCACAACCCAAGUCGGGAAUUCGCCGUCACGGAGGCUAUUCCGUGGUGUAGGGCUGAUGCCGUAUCCAGCGCAGAGGACAUGAUGCAGUUCCAGCAUGAGAGCAGCGGCCUCUGUCACUCGCAUGGCCUCUAA